UCAGCUGUUUUGAUGAAAGAUGCGUAACAUUUGACUUUCUUCUUCCUCUUUCCUCUCCUCCCCUUCAUCUAUCUCUUUGUUCAUUUGAGGAAUUAAUCGAAGGAUCUUCUGUGACUAAUCUCAACUUGCAUCUGUGGUCUGAGCAUAUGGUAUUUAUGCAUUUGACUUCUGCAAAUGUUUGACAAGUCACAGUGCUUGGGUGGUCAAAGGGAGAAGUUUGUGAGGUUGGAUGAUCUGGAUUCAAGAUCAUCUUCUCCAUCUGCUGCUGCAAUGAACAAAUGUGCAUUUGGUAUUGAUGGUUUAACUCGUGUUGCUCACGCUGCUAAUAUUCCAUCAAAGUCUUCUAAGAUAGACAUGAAGAAUAAUGCUAAAGGACCGGAAGGAGUUAAGUCACUUGGUGGAAGGUCAUUCAGAUUUUAUAGGGCAGUGUUUCCGGAAGACCUUAAGGUGUCAGAGAAGAAAAUAUUUGAUCCUCAGGACAGAUUCCUUCAGCUUUGGAAUAGGUUCUUUGUUGUAUCAUGUAUUUUGGCGGUUUUCGUGGAUCCUUUUUUCUUUUAUCUACCUGUGUUCAAUUUAUCAUCAAAUUGUUUGGGCAUUGAUAGAAAAUUGGCUGUGAUAGCUACAACUCUACGAACAAUUGUAGAUGCUUUCUACCUGAUUCGUAUGGCACUGCAAUUUAGGACAGCUUAUAUUGCUCCAUCAUCUCGAGUGUUUGGAAGAGGCGAGCUUGUGAUUGAUUCAGCACAAAUAGCUAAGCGGUAUCUUAGGAGCUAUUUUAUUGUUGAUUUUCUCGCUAUUCUUCCUCUUCCACAGAUUGUAGUGUGGAACUUCCUCAAGGGUUCAAAAGGUUCUGAUGUACUAGCUACAAAACAAGCUCUUCUUUUCAUUGUGUUACUUCAAUACAUACCUCGAUUUUUCCGGAUCAUACCUUUAACGACUGAAAUGAAAAGAACUGCUGGUGUCUUUGCUGAAACUGCAUGGGCUGGCGCAGUAUCCUAUUUGCUGUUGUACAUGCUUGCCAGUCAUAUUGUUGGAGCUUUCUGGUACUUAUUCUCUGUGGAACGUAACGAUACAUGCUGGAAUAUGGCUUGCAAUCAAAACAAGGGAGUGUGUAACACGCGUUACCUGUAUUGCAGCAGCCAAGUCCUGUCUGGUUACGAAAGUUGGAAGAACGUCAGUGAUUCAGUUCUUAAUUCGACAUGUUCUCCAGAUAGUGACAAACCCCAAUUUGAUUUUGGGAUCUUCAAACAGGCUUUGCAAUCUGGCAUUGUUGCAACCAAUAAUUUUACUUCUAAAUACUGUUACUGUCUGUGGUGGGGACUUCAGAAUCUAAGUACUCUUGGCCAGGGACUUCAAACGAGCACUUAUCCAUGGGAGUCUCUAUUCUCGAUAGCAUUAGCCAUUUUAGGCCUGAUCUUGUUUGCUCUUUUAAUUGGAAAUAUGCAGACCUAUCUUCAAUCUCUCACGAUCCGUCUGGAGGAAAUGAGAGUGAAAAGACGAGAUUCAGAGCAGUGGAUGCAUCAUCGCAUGCUUCCGCAAGAUCUAAGAGAACGUGUAAGGCGAUAUGACCAGUACAAAUGGUUGGAAACACGUGGAGUUGACGAGGAAAGUCUGGUUCAGACUUUACCCAAAGAUCUUAGAAGGGACAUUAAACGACAUCUUUGUCUUGCUUUGGUCAAAAGGGUUCCACUAUUUGAGAAUAUGGACGAGAGGCUAUUAGAUGCAAUAUGCGAGCGGUUGAAGCCACGUUUAUACACAGAGAACACCUACUUACUCCGUGAAGGAGACCCAGUCGACGAAAUGCUCUUCAUUAUACGCGGGCGUCUGGAGAGCGUAACGACAGACGGAGGCCGGAGCGGUUUCUUCAACCGCAGUUUCUUAAAAGAAGGUGAUUUCUGCGGAGAUGAGCUUCUAACAUGGGCACUUGAUCCAAGAUCAGGUUCAAACCUCCCAUCUUCAACUCGAACAGUGAAAGCUUUAAAAGAGGUAGAAGCAUUUGCGUUAGUAGCGGAGGAGCUUAAAUUUGUUGCGGGUCAGUUCAGGCGUUUACAUAGCCGACAGGUACAACACACUUUCCGGUUCUACUCGCAGCAAUGGCGGACAUGGGCUGCUUGCUUUAUACAGGCUGCAUGGCGAAGGUAUGGAAAGAGGAAGGUGAUGGAAAUUCGUAGGAAAGAGGAGGAAGAAGCGGAGGCUUUGGCUGCUAGCCGUAGUUCUGGAUCAUAUAGUCUGGGAGCCACUUUUCUUGCUUCUAGGUUUGCUGCGAAUGCACUCCGUGGGGUUCAUAGGAAUAGGAAUCUUAAGAGUGCCAGAACUCUUGUCAAAUUUCAGAAGCCACCUGAGCCAGAUUUUUCUGCUGAUGCUGAUUGAUUGAUUGAUUCAUUUUAGGACCCAUAUAUAUAAAUUGUGUGAUUUCUUGGGGUUUAUGCUUUUUGUGUAAGGUAGAAUCAAACAAGUCUUGGAGUUUGCUUUGCUUUUUCUGAUCUUCACUUUUGUGUGAAAUGUGUAUAUAUAUAUACAUAUAUAUUUCUUGUAAGAAACUAUAUAUACAAAAACUGGAUCAUCACUUAACCUGCUGCCCCUUUCAACUUCUUGUUGUUGAAAUAGAUUCGUUGUAACUCUUUCUAGUACAUGUGUUUCAGAUGUUGUUUUAGGAGGAUGCAGGUAGUGUCAGUUUUUCAAUUCCUUUUCAAUCUGUAUAUGUUGUGCUAAUGAAGGUGUAGUUAACA